AUGUCACACAAGAUAGUCAUCAUUGGUGCUGGGUUUGCCGGAGUAUGGAGCGCACUCUCAGCCAAGCGUCUACUCAAACUCGCAAACAAAGAGAACGAGAUCGAGGUUGUCGUCAUCGCUCCUGAGCCCAUCUUAGUGAUGCGUCCUCGGCUCUAUGAAUCCAAUGCUUCUACUUUGGUUCAUCCUCUCGAGACACUCUUCAGAGAAGCACACAUCAAGUUCAUACCUGGUAUCGCCGAGGCCAUCCUUACCGAAAAGCACACUGUCCAUGUCAAAUCUGCCUCAGGUAUCGAAACAACCGUCGACUACGACCGCCUCAUUCUCGCCGCCGGUAGCUCCGUCAACCACCCCGAAGGCGUUAUAGGUCUUGAGAAAUAUGCUUUCGAUAUCGAUUCUCUCGACGGUGCCGUCAAACUGGAAGCACACCUCAAGGAGCUUGGCGAAUUCCCCGCGAGCCCUGGUCGCAAUACCGUGGUCGUGUGCGGCGCUGGAUUCACGGGCGUUGAACUCGCAGCCGAGCUGCCUCGACGACUCAGCCACAUUCCCAAUGCGCACGUCAUCCUCGUUGGAAACGCGGAUGAGGUUGCCCCCGAUUUUGGAACUGAUCCACGUCCAGCAAUCGCACAAGCCUUGACAGAUCUCGGCGUCGAGUUCAAACUCGGAUCUGGAGUCUCGGCAGUUGACUCGGAAGGUGUCACUCUCGCGAGUGGGGAACGUAUCGAAACAAAGACGGCAAUCUGGACCGCUGGAGUGAGGGCUACGCCCCUUACAACACAAAUUCCCGGCCGGAAGGAUGCAUUGGCACGGCUCUAUGUUGACGAAUAUCUUCGUGUUCCGUCUGUGGAUGACGUAUUUGCCACAGGUGAUGCUGCGUGUGCGAUUGCCGACGGUAAAAGCCAGUAUGCGUUGAUGUCCUGCCAGCAUGCAAAUCAGCUCGGCCGCGUAUCAGGUUACAAUGCCGCAGCAGCACUCCUGAGUGAGCCUCUCAUGGAGUACUCGCAAGCUGAGUACAAUUGUUGCCUUGAUCUUGGCUCCUGGGGUGCGCUGAUUGCCAGUGGCUGGGACAGGGAAAAGAUUAAGCUCUCUGGCGAUAUAGCGAAGCGAGUGAAGUGCUACAUCAACCAAAAGUUGAUCUAUCCUCCCGAAAAUAUCCAGGAAGCUCUUACCUUGGCUGAACCUGUUGACAUUGAUUCUGAUACGCUGUUUCAACAGCUGACUCAAGUUAUUGGAUAG